AAAAAAAAAAAAAAAAAAAAAACAUGGCAAGCGGCCAAACACGCCGAACCUUGUAACCCUUCAGAAAAAGUUACGCCUUUUUUCUUUACUUCAACUGAACUGCGUCUGCCUCUGUCGAAGCUCUCGGCGACCCCCAUCGACAGCCACCGGCCACCUCCGAACAAGAGGGGGAGCCCUGUUCUCCUUCAAAAGAAUCCCAGCACAUGUGAUUGAUUUCAAAAGAGGGGAAGCGACACACAUAAAAAGUCUUGGAUUCGAAGGGAAGAAGGGUAACUAUCCAGCCCCUGUUCUUCGAUUUCCUGUGGGGUGAAACACAGCAUACACGCACCUGCCGGGAACAAUCCAUCCCCUGUUAUUCGAUCUCAGGGGCGUCGUUUUCUCUCAGGCUUACAAAAUACGAGAAAAUCUACGAGAUUUUGGUGGCGAGUUCAGAGUAAACGAACGAUCCCUAACCUUGGUCCCAAGUUCAGAAGCCAAUUCAGUUGAAUUUAAUGAUUGCAGCGGAUAGUGAAUCAAUGAAUAUGGAGGCAAAAGAAGACUACCAUUCAAAUAAUGAGGCUUCUUCAUGUAAUGACAAUUCAGAAGAUGACUGGGAAGCUGUUGCAGAUCGUGCUCCAGAUGAGUUAGUAAAUUUAUCAAAACUGAGACUUGAAGAUAAAAAAGAUCAAACUCCUACUGCAAGGCGUGGGAGGGGCACAUUUUCAUAUGAAAAACAAAAACAUGGCUUGUAUUUGUAUAGUGAUCAACAACAAUCUUCUUCUAUUCAAGAUGAUUCACUAAAUCAAACUACUUCUCAAGGACAUCAACCCACAACAGACUUAAAAUAUGGUACUCGACAUGCUCUUGUUCUUGAAGGCUUCCAAGCAAAUAUGAGUACAAGUGGGCUUGAGAAUUUGUUGAACAAGUUUGUUUCUCAUGAUUUUGUGAUACGUUGGGUCAAUGAUACCACUGCAUUUGCUGUCUUCAGAACACCAGCAAUUGCUGUUGAGGCAUGUAACUUGAUUAAGUGUCCAUUUACAGUUCGUGUACUUGAUGAGAAUGAUGUACUCCUAAGCUCCAUUCCAGAAAAAGAUUUGGAGCCACCUCGACAAAGGCCAAAAACAUCAGCAAGAACUGCCCAAAGGUUAAUUGCUCAUGGAAUGGGACUCAAGUUGCCUUCCACAAGUUUCACCCAAAAACAACUCAAGGAACAAGAAGCAGCCCGAAAGCAACGCAUACUUUCCAGACAGAAUCUCAAAGAUGAUGCUUGGGGGGGACCCACCGACUAAAUGUUUUCUUUCUUUUGCCUGCUGGAUUUUAAUAUCUCAAUCUAAUCACGGAUA